UUUCCAAAGAAGAAGCAGACUCUGAAAUGGCUCGCUUCGCUCGCCCUUUCAAGCUGGUUUGCUUCGCAAACCAGCUGCAGAUCCCACUUCACGAGCCAUUCAGAGUCUGCAUAGCAGACUACGUUAAGCGUACUUUGUCGUCAAAAGUCCCUACCUUUCAUAUUAAUAUUGCGUGCGUGCGCUGCAGCUGCAUGCUCGAUCUAGCUUCCGUACUGUAUCUUUGCUAUCAUCAACGUCAACAUGGCGAUGCAAGCAGCCCGCCGUCAAAAUGUUCGCCUCCCUCCAGAGGUGAACAGAAUUCUGUAUGUUAGAAACCUGCCUUACAAGAUCACUGCAGAGGAAAUGUACGACAUCUUUGGAAAGUAUGGAGCCAUCAGACAGAUCAGAGUAGGUGUUAAUCCAGACACAAAGGGCACAGCAUAUGUGGUAUAUGAAGACAUCUUUGAUGCCAAGAAUGCCUGUGAUCAUCUCUCAGGUUUCAAUGUGUGUGGCAGGUAUUUGGUUGUUCUCUACUACCAGUCAAAUAGGGCCUUCAAGAAAAUGGAUGAAGCAAAGAAGCAAGCAGAACUAGACAAGAUGAAAGCAAAAUAUGGACUCAGUACACCAGAGAUCAAAUAACACCCCUCAACUAAACUCAUUCAAUAACUUGCCAUCUAACAAUUAAAUAUAUGUGCACUACGAACAGGCGACAACCGGUGGCAUUUAUCAAAGACUCUUAUCAGAUGGACCAAAUAGAAAUCAUGGAGAGGCUUUGUGAAUUGGAUGUGUCUUUGUGAAUUGGAUGUGUCUUAUAGUGCUAGUUGGAUUGUUGAAGAUGAGCCGUAUGUUGUACGAAGAGAAGACAAUGACUUUGGAAGUGAAAAUGGUGCACAUUAAUGCUAAUGCAGGCUGGAAAUGCAUACAUCUUAUGGUCAGCAUGUGUACUUUGGGGAUAUUGAACACAGUAUUACAUUCAUGAAAUUUAUAUCUUGACCCUCUUUCCGCCCGCAUCCCCAUAAAUCAAUGACAUAUCAUCAAGAGAACAUGCAAACAUACAAUCAGUUAAAAGAUUGUGAUGGAUGUUAACAAACUGGUCUUUAUUUUCCAGUCAAAGCAUUGUGAUGAAGACUAUCCAUCUAUGUUAUUGUCCUUUGUCACAGAAACCAUGUAAGGAUGUAAACCUACAGAAAAUUUAAGAAAAAAUGGUUGAGACCAUGAAUUGGUAGGUUUUUCUAAGAAUGACUCAUGGCCAUGAAUGAGUCCACUAUUGCAAACAUUUCCACAAAUAUUAUAGGUUGUACCUGAAAGUAGUCUAGAAAUCAACAUGUGGAUUUACUCAUCUAAUUUGUGUCUAAUCAUCUAAAUAAAAUUCAUUUUGGCUAAAGAAUGAACUAAUAUGUGGGGGUAUGUACAGUUAAGUACAUGCUGAAAGUCACUUUGAUCAUCUCAGGCACCUUGAGACGCCUCAAACUGUGGUCAACUGUGACUAGAUUUUAAACGAAUUUGGAUAAGAUGCUUUGUUAUAUUUACAUGGUUAAUUCUUUCAAAUGUAAGUCCCUUAAUUGCUGUAUGAAUAGAAAUAUUUGUAUUGUAGCCAUUCCUAUAUUUGUAUUUGGAUGACCAUUCUGGAACUCAAGAGAGAGAGGCAGAUUACAAUUUGAAAUUCCAUACCCAGUCCUAUUGAUUUUUUUAAAAUAAAAAUCUAGUUGAACUCAAUUUCACAAUAUGAAGUAGGCUGUAUGUAAAUUCCAGUCAUAAUUUUAAAGGCCCAAAUGUAAAUUACCCAAUGAUAACUAUUGUUUUAAUCUGCAUGUUAUCUAUACACUUUAAAGUCACUUUGUUUUUAUGUGAUGCCUUCAUAGCCAAAUGAUUUGUUAACCCUCAACGAUUUUUGCAAUGCAAAAUCUUUUUACCGUGCUGCUCCCUGACUUUUUAUUUUCAAGUCAUGCGCAUCUUUUGAGAUCAAUUUUGCGACCACCCGAGUACUCGGUUCCGUAAUUACACAACAUUUUGUAAACUGUGUUACUGUAUGCCAGACCGAAAAUUGCUCAAAAACAUGAUUUUGUGUACAAAGUCAAAUGUAAAUUGUGUUUUCAACCAAAAAUCAGAAUUGUGUGAUUAUCUUUAGUUUUGCUGGCCUAAUUGAAUUUAUUUUAUGCUGUUUAUUAUCUCAAUAGAGCCACCGACAAAGUUCAUUAUAAACAAUGAAAAACAAGGGGUCAAAAAACAAAGAAAUACAUGAGAAAUUACAAAAAACAAUAUAAUACAUAAGAAAUUGAUCUGACAUUGCAAUCUUUUUCACGUACAUUUGCUAAGAACACCACUAUGAGUUUCUGUACCAAAAAUAGAUAAUUUGGAGCUUUAUUCAGGGAGUUCAAGGAAGAAGUAUGAUUUUGCAUACUAAUUACGCAUAAAUAAGCAUAAUCACUAAAUAGCAAUUUUCAUGAAAUAAAUUACUAUACGAUUUUGUAGAUUAUGUCCCAGACAACCUGCGUGUGAAUUUUCGGUGUGAUCGAUGGCAGAGAUCUCAAGGGGAGGCACUGCCCCCCCCCCCCCCCUGCCAUAUGAUGUCCCAAAAUACCUCGGCCUGGAUAGGGUUAAACUUCAUCCCAUGACAAUUUGAGAGGGUUCAAGUACUAUUAAACUUUUUAAAGAAUGCAGAUGAGUUCAGAGUCUACUGUCACGUCAUGGGGCUAUCACAUUUUUUUUUUGAAGGGCAAAAUUCAAGUGUUGUUGUGGGGUGCAUACACAGUGCUUUAUCUGUACAGAGAUGCUGCUCUUUUAUGCUAUUUCCGAAUCAUUCAUUUAUGGAAUGUAUAUAGUUAUAGUAACUACCAGUUCUUAUCAACCACUUAUAAAGAAAUGAUUUUGGAAGUAAGAAUGGGGAUUAAAAUUAAUAGACCUUAGGGACAUGUCAGAAGCCAAUUAUUUAUGCAUAAGUUACACACAACUUGACUCUGAGUGGUUACCGUUUCUUGUGCUAUGAUUUGUGACUUAAAGAUAAUAUGCUUAACCCCCCAAUUUUGUUUCUCCAUAAUUGGAGUGCAUUCCCUAAAACCCUACUAAAUUUUGAAAUCAGUAAUUCAUUUACAUAAAGAUGCUUCUACAAAAAUUGUAUUUCAAGUUUCUACUGGAGCUGAUGAAUCAUAACAAGAGAUUCUGAUUUAGUAGCCAAGAAAGGGUCACCCUUGUGAGUGUAACUUGUAACAGCUUUAUGAAAUACUAACCUUGGACUUGGCCUCAAUGAGAGGACGUUUAUUUUUUGCAUUCUCUAUGUAAUCUCUUAUUUUUAGAAAAAUAAAUUCAGGUACAUAAUCCCCAUCCUCCUCUCCCUAAAUGAAUAUACUGCAGAGGUAUUUAUUCUGAAAUUUAUUUGUUCUCUGUUUAAUCAUGACCAUGUUGACAGACAAAGAUGUAAAUAUUUGUGAAUAAAUGUUUUAAUAUGAAA